GACGAGCUCACCCAGCGCCGUCUUCCGCUCAUCUACUCGGACCUCACGCCCGGGAACUCGCACGCCCUGACUGCUUCGCUGGCGUCGUUUUUGCCGGCCGACUUGCGCAAAACGCUUACCCUCCCGCCGACGAGCCCUGCCGUCCCGCUGCCCCCCGCGCACCACCUCGUAUACUUCAACCCGGCCGUCCCCGCCGAGGAGCUCCUGCCCGACGGGACGGACCCGUUGCAAUCGCCGGGGGAGCCGUUCGUGCGGCGCAUGUGGGCGGGUGGGCACGUUGCGUUCAAUCCUUCGGCGCCGCAAUUCGAGCUCAAUGGCGCGCGCGCGGUGUGCGUGGAGAAGGUAAGAACUGCGAAUUUCAAGGGGUACGUGGGCGCGGAGAAUGUAUAUGUGGGCAUUGAGCGCCGGAUGGGCUAUGUGAAGGAGGGGGAGAGCGAGGAGCAGCUGAGGGAGAGGUUGUGGGGCGAGACGGAGGACGACUGGCGCGAUGCCGUGUGUAGGGAGAGGAGGAAUCUUGUGUUUCUGAGAGGGAGGACCAAGUAUGAGGCAUAUGCUGAGAUGGUGAAGGCUGAGGCGGAGAAGAACAGCAAGAAGAUACUGAGGCCAUUGACCCCGCCAACCUUCAGCCACACCCUCACCCCGACGCCCUCGCUCCUCUUCCGCUACAGCGCCCUCACCUUCAACGCGCACUCCAUCCACCUCGACCCCGAGUACUGCCGCACCGUCGAAGGGUACCGCGGGAUGCUCGUCCACGGCCCGCUGACGUUGACGCUGCUCAUGGCGCUGCUGAACGGGCACAUCGGGCCCGGCAAACGCGUCACCUGGCUCGGGUACCGCAACCUGAUGCCACUGUACUGCAACGAACCGAUCAAGCUGUGCGGCAUCAAGGCGGAGCGCGAGUCGAGCGAUGGCGUCGAGAAGUACGAGAUUUGGGCUGAGACGCCUGAAGGCGGGUAUGCGGUUAAGGGAGCG